AUGAUGAUCUCGCGGGGACUCUUUGGGUGGUCUCCGCCACACAUACAGCCGUUGACGCCUGUUUCCGAGGUGUCGGAGCCGCCGGAAUCUCCCUCCCCCUACCUCGACCUCAGCGCUGAGGCCGCCGCAACUGGCGCAGCUGCGCAGGCCGAAGCCGACGAGGAGAUGGAGGAAGCCGAGGAGAUGGAGCAGCCUCCAGCCGCCGUGCCCUUCUCUAGGCUGUUUGCUUGCGCGGACCGGUUGGAUUGGGUGCUCAUGAUCGUUGGCUCGGUUGCUGCGGCUGCACAUGGGACUGCCCUAGUUGUUUACUUGCAUUAUUUCGCCAAGAUUAUUGAAGUUAUGCGGAUUGGUGGUAGUACUAGUGCGGAGGAGCGGUAUGAUAAGUUCAUGGAUCUUGCUUUAGCCAUUGUUUAUAUUGCCGGGGGUGUUUUUGCUGCUGGUUGGAUAGAGGUAUCAUGUUGGAUUCUAACGGGAGAACGUCAGACUGCCGUCAUCAGGUCAAACUACGUUCAAGUGCUACUUAACCAGGACAUGAGUUUUUUCGACACAUAUGGGAAUAAUGGGGACAUUGUAAGCCAAGUAUUAAGUGAUGUACUACUCAUUCAAUCUGCUCUUAGCGAAAAGGUUGGAAACUAUAUACAUAACAUGGCUACAUUUUUAAGUGGUCUUGUUAUUGGAUUCAUCAACUGCUGGCAGAUCACCCUCAUAACAUUAGCCACCGGUCCAUUCAUUGUUGCUGCAGGAGGCAUAUCAAAUAUAUUUCUUCAUCGGCUUGCAGAAAGUAUUCAAGAUGCAUACGCGGAAGCUGCUAGCAUCGCUGAACAGGCUGUAUCUUAUAUUAGGACCUUGUAUGCUUUCACAAAUGAAACUUUGGCCAAGCAUUCAUAUGCUAACUCUCUACAAGCAACUCUAAGAUAUGGUAUUUUGAUUAGUCUUGUACAAGGACUUGGGCUUGGCUUUACAUAUGGGCUCGCGAUAUGUUCUUGUGCCUUGCAACUUUGGGUUGGUAGGUUCCUUGUUACACAUGGCAAGGCUCAUGGUGGUGAAAUUGUAACAGCACUCUUUGCUGUAAUUUUGAGUGGCCUUGGACUGAAUCAAGCCGCAACAAACUUCUACUCAUUCGAUCAAGGUCGCAUCGCUGCUUAUAGACUUUUUGAGAUGAUAAGCAGAUCCUCCUCCACUGUUAAUCAAGAGGGUAACACCUUAUCUUCAGUCCAAGGAAAUAUUGAGUUUCGGAAUGUGUAUUUCAGCUAUCUGUCACGUCCUGAGAUCCCUAUCUUGAGUGGCUUUUACCUGACUGUUCCUGCGAAAAAGACUGUAGCACUUGUUGGAAGAAAUGGCUCAGGGAAAAGCAGUAUCAUCCCACUCAUGGAGCGGUUUUAUGAUCCUACCUUAGGAGAAGUUCUUCUUGAUGGAGAAAAUAUUAAGAAUUUGAGACUGGAAUGGCUGAGAAGCCAAAUUGGACUCGUCACCCAGGAGCCUGCUCUGCUUAGUCUAAGUAUAAGAGACAAUAUUGCUUAUGGACGUGAUGCUACUUCAGAUCAGAUUGAAGAGGCUGCAAAAAUAGCUCAUGCACAUACGUUUAUCAGUUCAUUGGAGAAAGGAUAUGCUACUCAGGUGGGUAGGGCAGGCAUUUCCUUGUCGGAGGAGCAGAAAAUCAAACUUUCUAUCGCCCGAGCUGUGCUUUUAAAUCCAACAAUUCUUUUGCUUGAUGAGGUCACUGGGGGGCUCGAUUUUGAAGCUGAGAGGGCAGUUCAAGAGGCCUUGGAUCUCCUCAUGCUAGGCCGGUCAACGAUAAUAAUAGCUCGGCGUCUUAGUCUUAUAAGAAAUGCUGAUUAUAUAGCUGUUAUGGAGGAAGGUCAGCUUGUGGAAAUGGGUACACAUGAUGAAUUGUUGUCUUUAGAUGGAUUGUAUGCUGAGCUUCUCAAAUGCGAAGAAGCUGCGAAGCUUCCCAGGAGAAUGCCAGUUAAAAAUUACAUGGAUGCUUUUCAAGUUGAAAAAGAUUCCUCUGCUAGUCACAGCUUCCAAGAGCCGACCUCUCCAAGAAUGGCCAAGUCUCCCUCUCUUCAAAGAGCUCAUGGUGUCAUGCGUCCUCCUGAUGGCACCUAUAGUUCACAUGAGUCUCCAAAAGUUCGGAGUCCCCCGUCAGAGACAAUGAGAGAAAAUGGCCUCUCUUUGGAUGGAUCUGAAAAGGAACCAACAAUUAAAAGGCAAGAUAGUUUUGAAAUGAGACUUCCUGAGUUGCCCAAGAUUGAUGUCCAUCCCACACAUCAACAAAAAUCAAAUGGAUCUGACCCUGAAUCCCCUGUAUCUCCACUUUUAACUUCUGAUCCCAAAAAUGAGCGUUCACACUCUCAGACUUUCAGUAGACCCCACAGUCACUCUGAUGAUUUUCCUCCUAAACUGAAGGAUUUGGAGGAUGCAAAGCAUCGUGAGUCACCAUCCUUUCACAGACUUGCCGAACUUAGCUUUGCCGAGUGGCUUUAUGCUGUGUUAGGAAGCAUCGGUGCUGCUAUAUUUGGCUCAUUCAAUCCACUUCUAGCUUAUGUGAUUGCUUUGAUCGUUACUGCUUAUCAUAGAAGGGAUGAACACUCUCACUUGCGUCAUGAGGUGGACAAAUGGUGCUUGAUAAUCGCCUGCAUGGGUGUAGUGACGGUUAUUGCAAAUUUUUUGCAACAUUUCUAUUUUGGUAUUAUGGGGGAGAAAAUGACCGAAAGGGUGAGGAGAAUGAUGUUCUCAGCAAUGCUUCGAAAUGAAGUUGGAUGGUUUGAUGAUGAAGACAACAGUGCUGACACACUAUCAAUGCGCUUGGCCAAUGAUGCCACAUUUGUGCGAGCCGCAUUUAGCAACCGGCUUUCUAUAUUUAUACAAGACAGUGCUGCAGUUAUUGUGGCCGUUGUCAUUGGGAUGUUAUUGCAGUGGCGAUUGGCUCUGGUGGCCUUGGCAACCCUGCCCAUUCUCAUCAUUUCUGCAAUUGCCCAGAAACUGUGGCUAGCUGGAUUCUCAAAGGGAAUCCAGGAGAUGCACCGGAAGGCUUCAUUGGUUCUUGAGGAUGCUGUUAGAAACAUCUACACUGUUGUAGCUUUCUGUGCUGGCAACAAAGUAAUGGAACUCUACAGGUUGCAGCUCCAGAAAAUAUUCAAGCAGAGCUUUUUGCAUGGUGUGGCCAUCGGAUUUGCUUUUGGCUUUUCUCAAUUUCUUCUCUUUGCCUGUAAUGCGCUGCUUCUCUGGUACACUGCCUAUGCCGUGAAGGAGGGCCACAUGAGUUUGUCUACUGCACUCAAGGGAUACAUGGUUUUCUCAUUCGCAACUUUUGCGCUGGUGGAGCCUUUUGGGUUGGCACCUUACAUACUCAAGCGCCGAAAGUCUCUCAUCUCAGUGUUUGAGAUUAUAGACAGGGUGCCCAAGAUUGAGCCUGACGAGAAUUUGGCACUAAAACCUCCGAAUGUCUUCGGUAGCAUUGAGUUGAAGAAUGUUGAUUUCUGUUAUCCAACCCGUCCAGAGCUGUUGGUAUUAAGCAAUUUCAGUCUCAAAGUCAAUGGGGGUCAAACGGUAGCAGUAGUAGGAGUAUCAGGGUCGGGAAAGAGCACCAUCAUCUCUCUGAUUGAGAGAUUCUAUGAUCCAGUUGCUGGUCAGAUUACGCUGGACGGCCGAGAUUUGAAACUUUAUAACCUCAGAUGGUUGAGGAGUCACAUGGGUCUUGUUCAGCAGGAACCGAUCAUCUUCUCAACAACUAUUAGGGAAAAUAUCAUCUACGCUAGGCACAAUGCUAGUGAAGCUGAGAUGAAGGAAGCCGCAAGAAUAGCAAACGCUCAUCAUUUCAUCAGCAGCCUACCUCAUGGUUAUGACACUCACGUGGGAAUGCGCGGUGUGGAUCUGACCCCAGGGCAGAAGCAAAGAAUAGCAAUUGCUCGGGUGGUGCUCAAGAAUGCACCAAUUUUGCUACUGGACGAAGCUAGUUCUUCCAUAGAAUCCGAAUCCAGUCGGGUGGUGCAAGAGGCACUAGAUACACUGAUAAUGGGGAACAAGACGACCAUCUUGAUUGCUCAUAGAGCUGCAAUGAUGAGACAUGUGGACAAUAUUGUGGUUCUAAACGGAGGACGGAUUGUGGAAGAGGGGAGCCAUGAUGGCUUGAUGGCAAAGAACGGGUUGUAUGUCAGAUUGAUGCAGCCUCACUUUGGCAAAGGCUUGCGCCAGCAUCGUCUUAUUUAG